AUGCCGACAGCGGAACCGGAUGCACACACUGCUGAAACCAUCCGCAACACCCCCAGCCGUCGCAACCUGGAGAACAGCCACUUGGCGGAUGGUCCGCAAACAAAUUCAGCACCAAAACGGCGCCCUCGUGCAUGUCAGGCGUGUCGGGAUAUGAAAAUUCGCUGCAUCCCAUCCCAUGGGCGGCAAGCCUGCAAAGCAUGCGCCAAAGUCAGCCGGGUCUGUGUUGUGGCAGGGCCAGCUCGCUCAAAUCAGCGGCGAGCACCAAUAGUCGCUGAGCUUGAGAAGAAGAUUGAUGCUUUGACCGCGUCUCUGAAAGCACAAGUCCAGAAAGAACGAACGGCACCAGCAGGGCCACUUGUCGCCGGGCCAGUCAAUGCUGGUAUGGUGUACAACUCGCAUGCCUCUGAGUCUGGCGCAGAACCUGACGCGGAACGGGCACGGGUGCUUACUUCUAGCGAAGUCGUGGACGAAGAAUGUCAUGACUUCCGAGACGGUGAAACGGACUCUGGCAAUGACGUGAUUGAUCGUGGGCUAUUGAGCCUAGAAGAGGCAUCGCAAAUAUUCACUCGGUUCUUUUGCGAGAUUAACCCAUUGUGUCCGAUGGUGGCUUUUUCGAACGACACGUGCCUACAAAAUAUGCGCCGGAGCAAGCCGAUCCUGCUGCUUGCUAUUAUUGGCGUUUCAAGUGGGAGUAUUCUUCCCCAACUGCAGCCGAUUCUCGCUGUGGAGUUGGCACGUCAGGUUGCGGAACGGGUCAUGUUUCGCACGGAGAAAAGCGUGGACCUUGUUCAGGCCAUGCUAGUUAACGCAGUGUGGCAUCUUAAACAUCGUGAAACCAAAGAUAUCGGCUUCAAUCAGUACAUACAUUCUGCUGCGGUUAUGGCAAUGGAACUUGGCCUCGGAAAUCGGCCCAGUGCCAGUUCAGUAAAAACUAGGGAAGAUGAGGCUGAGAUGCGGCGAACUUGGCUCACCUGCUACUACACAACUCAAAUGGCUUCCACAAUCCUCCGCAAUCCCCCGUUAAUUCGAUUUUCGCCAUACAUUGAUGAAUGUCUUAAGUUCUUUGGCGACAGCCCCGCGGCUGUUCCGACAGACAUUGCCCUCUGCACAAUGGUACAAUGGGCUCGAAUCAUGGAAGACGUUGCUCUGGUCUUUCACACAGAUGAGCCCAGUCAACUCCUGGUCGAGCAUGAUCCCAGAACACAAUAUCAUCUCCAUUCUUUCAAUAAGAGACUCGUCAAAUGGAAAGAGAACGCCACUCGAAGCAGCAAUCCAAAUAUGCUCGACCAUAUGUUUGAGAUUGGCCGUCUCUUCGUACAUGAGAUUGUUGCUGUUCGUUAUAAUGGCACUUCUGACCCAAAUUCAACACCGCCUCCCGUCACCGCAACGCACAUCGAAGCAUUGACCACUUGCGUUGUCAGCAUUGGUCGAGCAUUGGAAUCUUUCCUUCGAUUGGACUUGCGAGUAUACCGUGUGAUUGAUUGCCCAUACAUGACUUGGACUCUGUACGCCGCUAUUGUAAUGGUGCGGCUGUCAGAGCUACUUCAUUCGCCACUGACCAGAUGGGGGGAUGUGUUUCUCCCCGACAUGAAGACAAAUUACUAUCUCAGCGCAAUAAUCCGGAAGCUAACUGUUUUGUCUGAAUCAGACGCCAAUCCAACCGCACAUGGCUUCUGUUGCGCAUUUAAACGAUUGCAGUCUUGGCAUACUCAGAGAAGCAACAGUCAUUCCAUUCCAGAUCUAAUUAAUGGGAUCAAAUCUAGCUUGGGAAAGAGCAGGUCAGCUAAGAAGCAAAAUUCAGGGACGGAACACCAUGCUCCUGACGGUACAUUUAGUCAUGGGCUAGAGUUGCAGACAGGAGAAGUUCUGGCAACGCCAGAUACACCUGUCAAUUCCGAUUCCUUAUUCCAAAAUCAUUCGCCAUUCAAUCUCGAUAGCUGGAACAUGGUGAUGGAGGACUCGACUGGUUUCGAACCAUUCCCCAAUAAUGUCGGGUUUUGGCUAGAGGCUUAG